AAGAAGCUCGGGCGGGGCGACGCCGGGCGAGGGUGGUUCAACAUGCCCGCCGUGGAGUACACGCCGGAGCUGCGGAGGGAUCUGAGGCUGCUGAAACUGCGCGGCGCGUACGACCCGAAGCGGUUCUACAAGACCGAGGACACGACGAAGCUGCCGAAGCACUUCCAGGUCGGGACCGUGAUCGAGGGCGCGCAGGAUUUCUACUCCGCGAGGUUGACGAAGAGAGCGCGGAAGAACACGCUGACGGAGGAGAUCGCCGCGGACGCGGAGAUAAAAACGGUGCGGAAGAAGCGGUUCGCGAAGAUACAG